AUGGACACAACCAUGGUUACGGUGAUGGUUGUAGUAGAUAACUUCGUUCGAUUCAUCUCCGCCAUGAUCUCAAGUCAGCCACACCAAGCCCGGGUCCCCAGUCCGGGCGAGGCCUUCGUCGAGAUGGCCAUCUUGGCGCUCAAGGGGCUGGUCCCCAUGGUAUGGCUUCGCAGCAAGACCUCCCCGGUUGAGUUUCUCGUUGGAGGGGCCGCACUGCUUGUGAUGGUCCUCGCCGUCAGCCAUUUCCAUACUGCCGAGCCGAGCAAACCUUCUUCUGCCAAAGGAGGGAAGAUAAAGGGCAUCCUCCUCAAGGCGCCAAAGCCUCGACAUGCGUACAAACCGAGGGUUGCAUUUGACCCGGCGUUGGACACGGGUAAGAAGGUCCUGAAGCGGAGUCACGACGUGUGCGGAGAUGGGGGAAUGAUGUAA